AUGCAAUCCCGCCGUCUCCUCAGCAGCAACUGCAGCAUCAGCAGCAUCAACAGCAGCAGCAGCAACAGCAGCAACAGCAGCAGCAGGGUUUAUUCUGUGAUGCGGCUGCCUGUACACCCCGUGCCGCAAGCUGCUGAGCCCCCGCGUGCUGCAUUUGGCUUUGAAUUUUUGCUGCAGCAGCUGCCAGCAUCGAUAGUGGGUUUCUUCACUUCGCUGCGACAGCAGCAGCAGCAGCAGCUGCUGCAACCGCAGCAGCAGCUGCUGCUCCUCAAAGCAGCAAAAGAUUUUCUCAUUCACAACUCUGAAGCCCUUAAGGCGUACGGCUCCGUGCAGCAGCAGCUGCAGCAGCAGAUGCAACAGAGAUAUAAACAUCUGCUUGAUCGUAUAUCAGAAGAACAGCAGCAAAUACUGCAGCAGCAGCAGCAGCAGCAAGAGCACCAGGAGGAACCGCACCCCCCACAGCAGGCGUAUCAGCAGCAGCAGGAGCUAGAGCAGCAGCAGCAGCAGCAGCAGCAGCAGCAGCAGCAGCAGCAAGAGGAAGAUGCUCCUCUAGGGGAUAUUGGUGUUGCUGCUCGUGUGUCUCUGCAGCAGCUUCGUGAUGCGUUAAAUGCAGGGGACUCUUUAGAUGCAGCAACAGCAAAGCUGCUGCUGCAGCAGCAGCAGCAGCAGCACCAGCAGCAGCAGCGGCAACCAACCCCGCUGCGGGUUAAGCCCCCUGCAGUGCUGCUGGCUCUUGACGAAGUCUACGGCAGCAUUGCUAACCCUCAUGUCUUAAAAAAACAACUGCUGCACUACCUUGAGACAGAAGGGGCGAGCACUUGUCGGCGUUUGCUGCGGCUGAACAAAGGAGUCUUUGGGAAGCAAGAAGCUCUGCUGCUGCUGCGGGAGCUGCAGCAGAAAGUAGAGCAGCAGCAACGUGCGUUGCUGCUGCUGCAGCUGCAGCAGCAGCAGCGAGAGACAGACGCACAGCUAGAGACAAUACAGACGCAAAGACAACAAAUCCAGCAGCAGCUCCAGCAGCAACAACAGCAGCAGCAGCAGCAACAACAACAACAGCAGCAGCAGAGUAGCAGCAGCAAACAUAAAAGGCGAAAGGGGCAUGUAGAGGCCCUGGAGUUCGCGCUGCAGCAGCUGAAGAAGCAGCAGCAACUAGCAGAAGAGCGGCAUCAGCUGCAGCAGCAGCAGCUGCAGCAGCAAGCGGUUGCUGCUGCUGCUGAAGCAGCGCGAGUUCUUUAUCGAGGCUCAACUCCGUGGGAGCGGCAGCAGGUGACUGCGGCAUUUGCAAAAUGCGUUGAAGAGGGUCGCCUCUUCGCUGCAUGCAAAAUACUCAGGCUGCAAACAGACAUGCUGGAGUUGCGGGGCCGGCCUGAAUUGGUGUUGGGGUUUCUUCAGCUGUAUAGGGAUCUGAACGCUCGCAGCAAGGAGUUGUUUUUGCUGCAGCAGCAGCAGAAGCAGCAGCGAGAGCAGCAGCAGCCGCAGCAACAGCAGCAGCACAAGCAACAGCAGCAGCAGCAGCAGCAGGAUAAUCAAAGCGAGUCAGAAGAAACCUCUGGUGAGGACUCAGCCCAAUCAACAGAAGCAGGCGAGGGCAGCAGCAGCAGCAGCAGCAACAGCAGCAGCAGCAGCAGCAUGCUGACUAGGAACGCUCGAUUUCGUUUGCGUAAAGCAGCAGCAAAAGCGCAGCAACGCCGCUAUGCUCUUCCUGCUGCACUAAAAGCAACCGCUGACGUCAGCAGCAGCAGCAGCAGCAGCAGCAGCAGCAGCAGCAGCAGCAGCCCUAGCAACAGCAACAGCAGCAGCAGCAGCAAGUAUUUCUCAGAAUGCAGCAACAAAGAUAUAUCUUUUCUGAGAAAAGUUUAUCUAUCAACUGCUCGAAGACCUCGCGUGCAUGCAAAACUCGCUGAAGUUGCUGCGCACUGGGGAGAGCAGCAGCAAACCCUAGCCAAGCAGCAGCAGCUAGAUGAACUACGGGAGCGUCGCGAAGCUGAGAGAGUGAAGUGGUUUGCUGCUAAGGGCAUUGACUUACCUUUCCUUCAGGCUGCAGCGCAGCAGCUGCAGCAGCAGCCAGAGAAGCAGCAAACCCUCAGCAGCUUUUUCUCAAGCCCUUCAUUUAACUUGCAGCAGUGGCUGGACGAAACACCACCGGGAUUGCUGCUGAAGCCGAAGCAGCAGCAGCAGCAGCAGCAGCAGCAGCAGCAGGAAGAGGAGCUGCAGCAGGAGCAGCAGGAAGACGAGCUGCAGCAGCAGCAGGAAUAA